AUGCAAUUUCCUUCAUUCAGUAGUUGUAUUUACUUUCAACAGGUUCUCGCCUUCACCACAGUACAUGGAUGCGUUUCAGUAGCGCAAGCCAUAGCCAAUGUGAGAAGAUGUCAACGAGCAGGCAAAUGCGCUCGUGAUUUUUUACGAAGGCGCUCGUUUCUGCUGAAGCGAAAGUAUUUCCAUGGAAGGGGUUUCCUAAGCUCUGAAUUUCAGAUACUCAUUCCGGUAUAUAAAGGAUCGCAAGAGCCGAUAGUUGGCGAGAAACCGCCGUAUAGCGAAAGCAUUUUCUUUGGCAAAGAUGGUAUUGGCGAUGAUCCGAAAGCUUUUCCAGAGGUGCUAGAACAGGAUUUCAAGCCUACAUCAGAAGAAGUGGCUACACUAGCCCUUAUUCGCCUUGCCAAGGAACAUCCUACGGCCACUCUGGUCUGUUUGGGACCGCUCACGAAUGUAGCACUUGCGCUCAAGAUCGAUCCUUCGUUCACCUUCAAGCGUGUCGUAAUCAUGGGAGGAAACUACUACGGUAACAUUCUUUUCUGGGUUAUCCUCUGA